UCUGCGCUUAUUGAGCGUGCGCUAACAGAAAAAGAGGAGGAUCUCUAGCUGAGUCCUUUAUUUAUUUCUUUGUGUUCAGCGGGGGGGAAUAAUAAUAACAACAGCAACGCACGCCGCCGGUAUUUUAUUUAUUAUCGUUGUCAGUAUACGCAAGAAAACUGGAUAAGAUUACAGCUGCUACUCGACGGCCGAAGCCAAGGGGAGGAGGAUGAAGCGGCGCAAUGCGGACUGCAGCAAACUAAGACGGCCGUUAAAACGGAACCGAAUCACCGAGGGGAUCUACGGCAGUACCUUCCUGUACCUGAAGUUCCUGGUUGUGUGGGCUCUGGUGCUGCUGGCAGACUUUGUGCUCGAGUUCAGGUUUGAGUACCUCUGGCCGUUCUGGCUCUUCAUGCGGAGUGUCUACGACUCCUUCAGAUACCAGGGACUGGCGUUUUCAGUAUUCUUUGUCUGUGUGGCAUUUACCUCGGACAUCAUUUGCCUCCUCUUCAUCCCGGUGCAAUGGCUCUUCUUUGCUGCCAGUACCUAUGUGUGGGUGCAGUAUGUUUGGCACACCGAGAGGGGUGUGUGUCUGCCCACCGUGUCUCUAUGGAUACUGUUUGUGUACAUAGAGGCAGCGAUCAGAUUCAAAGACCUGAAGAACUUCCAUGUGGACCUGUGUCGUCCCUUUGCUGCACACUGCAUCGGCUAUCCCGUAGUCACGUUGGGCUUUGGCUUCAAGAGCUACGUUAGUUAUAAAAUGCGUCUGCGGAAGCAGAAGGAGGUGCAGAAGGAGAACGAGUUUUAUAUGCAACUGCUACAGCAGGCUCUGCCUCCAGAGCAACAGAUGCUUCAAAGGCAAGAGCGAGAAGCAGAGGAAGCAGCACCAGCUAAAGGAUUAUCUGAAGGAGACACACCUCCAGUGUCACAGAAUGGCGCCCCAGCCAAUAAAAAGCCAUCUGUGCCCUUCCCAGAGCUGGAGUAUAAAGAAAAAGGGAAAGAAGGACGAAGCGGCGGGGAUAGUAAAAAGCAACAGAACAGCAUCCUGCCGUCUUCGGUGGACUCUAAGCUCCAAGAGGUGGAGUACAUGGAGAAACAUAUAAACAACAAGAGACUGAACACAGAGCUGGGCAGCACAGAGAACCUGUUGCUUAAAGAGGACAACAAUUCCUCCUGUUCAUCUUCAUCCUCCUCCUCCUCCUCCUCCAAAAAUUACAAAAACGCUAACACCAACGCCGUGAUGCUCGCCUCCUCGCCGUGCGGCCACAGCGCCACCAACGGCAGCGUGCCCUCAGCGCAGCCGCCCUCCGCGGGGAAGAACGAGAAGAAGCACAAGCUGACGGCGGGCAAAGGGACGUCCGGCAGCUCCCACCGGGACCCCACAGACAACUGCAUCCCCAACAACGAGCUGAAAAAGCCAGAGGCGCUUGUUAGACUGGAGCAGGACAUUAAAAAGCUGAAGGCGGACCUGCAGGCCAGCCGGCAGGUCGAGCAGGACCUGCGCAGCCAGGUCGGCUCGCUGGGCAGCGCCGAGCGCUCCAUACGCACCGAGCUGGGUCAGCUGCGGCAGGAAAACGAGCUGCUGCAGAACAAGCUUCAUAACGCUGUGCAGGCGAAACAAAAGGAUAAACAAACAGUCGGCCAACUGGAGAAGAGGCUCAAAGCAGAACAGGAGGCCCGAGCUGCUGCAGAGAAGCAGUUGACAGAAGAAAAGAAGAGAAAGAAAUUAGAGGAGGCCACGGCUGCCAGGGCAGUAGCGCUAGCAGCGGCGUCUAGAGGGGAGUGCACAGACACGCUGCGGCGGCGAAUCACUGAAUUAGAAGCGGAGGGUAAAAAAUUAACAAUGGACAUCAAGCUGAAAGAGGAGCAGAUACGAGAUCUGGAAAUAAAAGUUCAGGAACUUCAUAAGUAUAAGGAAAAUGAAAAAGACACAGAGGUGCUGAUGUCAGCGCUGUCAGCGAUGCAGGACAAGACUCAGCAUCUUGAAAACAGCCUGAGCGCAGAGACCAGGAUCAAACUGGACCUCUUCUCUGCACUCGGAGAUGCCAAAAGACAGCUGGAGAUUGCACAAGGUCAGAUCCUUCAGAAGGACCAAGAAAUCAAAGACCUGAAGCAGAAGAUAGCAGAAGUUAUGGCCGUCAUGCCCAGCAUCUCUUACACAGCCGACACCAGCAGCAUGACCCCCGUGGCCCCCCACUACUCCUCAAAGUUCAUGGACACCAAUCCCUCCAGCCUGGACCCCAACGCUUCUGUUUACCAGCCUCUCAAAAAGUGACCGCUUUUUCUUUCUUUUCUUUUCUUUUUUUUCCCCUCCCUUUUCUGUUCUGCCCCUCCCUUUUCCUCCAUCCGCCCUCUCUCCAGUCGUCCUGCCCCUGCAGGCCCGGUCAUGUCGCGGCCCAGAACUCGAUUUUUUUUUUCUUCUUCUUCUUCUGUUCUCUCUUUUUGCCAGGUCAGAAGGAUGUUGUAUUGUGUGACUGUGUUUGUUGUAGUUAAAACAAAAGACAAAAAAAAAAAAAAAAAAAAAAAAAAGAUACCCAAAACAACUUAAAUCCCUGGAAAAUUAGGACGCCUCGGUUGUUUUUAUUUAAAUGUCUAGUGAAACCUCACAGAUUCAGGCGUGUAUCUUCAUCUCAAGGGUGCUGCCCCACUCCCCGCCCCCCCCCAUCCCUGCGACCUCCUGCCAGCUCUCCGGCUCCAUGGGGGAAGCAGAUUACUUUUCUUUCACUUUAUUAUUCUCUGGUUCACAUCCCCAAGUAUUUGGCACUUCGUUUUUGCAACAUUUGUACAACCAGAGGAAUGCAUUUCCCCACAUGGAACAACUCAGAACCAGACAGAUUUUAGCUUUCUGCUGCUAGGUUGGCUGUUUUCUUUCACUCUGCACAUUUUCUUUUUAAAAGAAAAGAAACACGGGAAGAACAAAGGUUGAAACAAACUGCGGGUUAAGUUGUAUGCCAGGCCCCGUCUUUUACGACAUACUUGUGGUAUUCCUAACCUUGGUAUCACAGUGUUUACUUAUAAAAGUUUAAUGUAUAACAUGAGUCAAAUCCUUUUUUUU